CGCCGUUCCGGCUUCCUCUCCCUCCGCUCCGCUCUCCGAGGCCUCCGUCCCCCACUCCCCUCUUCCCCGCCUGAUACGGAAGCACCUCAACUCGCCUGCCUGUAAACCCACUCGCGCUUGCUCCGCCUUCGCCGCCGGUGAAGUAAAAAAGAUGGGAAGUGGGACAUUUGAUUUGAAUGAGCAACCACAUGAAAAUCGAGGUGGCAACAUGAAUUAUGUGCUGUUGCAAAAGGAUUGUAAGAACAUAUGCCGCACCAAAGUUUGUGAUCUUCCUGUAGACGUGCCGACCAUUUGGCCAAUUAUGUCAUUUGUGCCAACUAAAGCAUACCGAAAGAGCGAUUUCCCAAAAUUUUCGCUGCUUCCUUAUCCAGAAGACAAUCGUCAGAAAUCUGAAUGGGGAAAAUUUAUGCGCUUCCUUUCAGAUAAUAAAAGGGUUGCUAUUGCUAGAUGUGGGUCCUCAACCUUCCACAUACUUGCUCCUGAACCUGAUGAAUGCUCAAAUUUUCCGCAUGCGGUGCUCUUGUAUGAGUGUGGACAAAAUGACCCUGGAGAUUGCAAACAGAUGGCAAGAACAUCUGGGAAACAUGUGAAUGGUCCUGUGAUGAAUGCUUCAGAGAGGCCUUUCAGGAGUGACUUUCAAUAUGGCUCAAGAAACUCUAAGCCACCAUACUUUCAAGAGGAGGUCUGCGAUAGUUUACUGAAGCACAAGGCGAUGGAAACUUCACCUAAGCAUCAUGAUCCAGUUGUCACAUCCUCUCCAUGUGAAUCUGUUGAAGACGACCCUAGAGUUUUGAAUCCGGUGGUAAAAAUGAGAAUAGCUUCUCCUACCAAAAAUUUUGUCGUUGCAGACCCUAGUUAUCUGCGAACACUUAGUCAGACACAUGCUAGCUGGAUGUUUGGAGCAAUAGCUGAGCUCAUUGAUAAUUCUAGAGAUGCUGGUGCAUCCAGGUUGAGUAUUUCCAUUGAACAUUUGUUUUCAAAGAAGGCACAAAAGAAAAUUCCUGUCUUAUCUGUAAUUGAUGAUGGACAUGGAAUGACUUAUCCUGACAUGAUGAGAAUGAUCUCUUUUGGCCAUAAACGACCAAAUGAACAUCGUGAGGAUCAGAUUGGGAGAUUUGGAAUCGGAUUUAAGACUGGUGCUAUGAAACUUGGAAAAGAUGCAAUUGUUCUCACACAAACUAAAUCCUCCAGAUCAGUGGCCUUUCUUUCUCAGUCUUUUAAUGAAGAAAAGGAUAACCUUGAGAUCCCUGUGGUGGCAUAUCGAAAGGAAGGGCAAUACAUGGAAGUUGAUUUGAGUGUCCAGUCUGAUGCUACUGCAGAAUAUAACUUGAGUGCUAUUAAGAAUUUUUCUUCGUUCAACGAGUAUUUCAUUGGAGAAAAGUUAGGCCUAUUUGGUGAAGAUCGUACUGGGACACAAAUUUAUAUAUGGAAUUUAGACAGAUGGGGUACUCAAUGCACUUUGGAGUGGAAUUCUGGUAAGUCUUCAGAAAAUCCUGUGCACCAUGGUCGUGGAGACAUAUUAAUCCGUUCAAGAAGAGUCAGAUCACGUCCAGGACAAACAAGUAACAAGGUGCUGUUGGACUAUUCUCUUCAGUCUUAUCUGGAAGUUAUGUUCUUGAAUCCUCGGAUGAAGAUAUCUGUCCAAGGUUCUUUGGUCAAAAGCCGCCCGUUGGCGAAGACCCUUAACAAGACUUCUGUUGUGUCUGGUGAAAUUAUGGGAAGGACUAUUGUAUUGACUCUGGGAAGGAGCAAAGUAGAAUGGGACAGAACAAACUGUGGAAUCUUCUUAUAUUGGCAUGGUCGUUUGAUAGAGUCUUACAAGCGGGUUGGAGGCCAAAAGCAUAGUACUGACAUGGGACGUGGAGUAAUAGGAGUUGCAGAUAUCACAAAUCUCAUUGAUGAUGAAGAUGGUAAUUCAUGGGUUCUGAACAAUAAACAGGGAUUUCAAGAUUGUGAAAUGUAUGCUAAACUGGAGGAGUGGCUUGGUAGGAAAGUGGAUGAAUACUGGGAUUCGAAAUUUGACAGUCUCGAGCUGAGAAAAGGGGAUGAGAGCCACAAGGCUGAUUCUGACUGGGUUCAGUGCUACAGCUGUCGUAAAUGGCGAAUGUUGAAUGCAGGCUUCAAUGUAGACAAUCUUCCUGAGGAAUGGUUCUGCUACAUGCCACCGUUCAAUGGCAAAUGUGAGAUUCCUGAACAACAAAUGGGACGAGGCGUCAUCGUGAUAGGUGAGAAGAGAUCUGGACACGAUGAACAAAAGGCUGCCCUGCAAGGAGGUACACCAAAGAAGGACAUGAGGCCUGAUAACCUCAAGAUUCAGAUGAUUACUCAAGGUGAAGAAAAUGCGAAGGGUAUGCCAGAGGUUGUAAACACGCGAAAGAAACCUUCAAGUGGCACCCCAUCAAAUCCCAAGAACAACAGCGAUGAUGAUUUUGAAGGUGUGUCCUCACAAACUGAAGAUGACGCCCCUCCCCUUAAGUUAAAGAGGCUAAGAAGGGGGCCUGCAAAGACUUCCAAAUGUUGACAGAAAGUGAAACUACACGCUGGUGUAAUGCUUCGUUUGGAUUUUGGACGGACUUUGGACUUCGAUACUGAUGCAUGAGGGCACGAGGCCUUCUGAGCACACUGGCAGCUAUAAUUCUGUUGCUUUUGUGCAGUAGAAUUUUGAAACGUGCGUGUUUGUAAAUAGAGUUCUACUGUUGGAUUAGGCGUCUUUUUGUAAGUAGGUGUUUCUCGCAUUCAAAUGUUGCAGCUUAGGCCCUAUUUGGAUCCAUUAACCCUAAAUAGUUAGCUAGCUAACAGACCAUAACUAAUAUUAGCUAGCUUUGUUCAACUAAUGAAAUGGAUGUUAGAGCAUCUCCAAUAGUUCUCCAAAAACCAAUUGAUAAAUCAAGAGAUUUUCAAGUGGCUAAAAAGAUGUUGGGAGUAUAUUGAUGUUUC